UUGUUUCUCGCCGCAGCUGAUCCGCACGUUGGAAUCUGUGACGGAUUUAUUCCUAUCGCUUAUGCCGGAAUGCCUCCCAAAAAUGCCGGCAAAGGUGGAGGCGGCGCGUCCAAGAAAGCGGAGCAGAAGAAGAAGGAGAAAAUAAUCGAGGAUAAGACCUUCGGAAUAAAGAACAAGAAGGGCGCCAAACAGCAGCGCUUCAUCCAGCAGGUACAGCAUCAGGUUAAGCAUGGCGGCACUAAGACAGCAAAGGAAAUGGAAAAGGAGAGGGAUGCUCAGAUGAAGAAAAAGGAAGACAAGAAGAAGGAACUGGCACAGCUCAAUGAACUUUUUAAACCCGUCCAGCAAUGUGCAUCGAAAGGUAGUGAUCCCAAAUCCAUCUUGUGUGCAUUCUUCAAGCAGGGCCAGUGUGGAAAGGGAGCUAAAUGUAAAUUUUCUCAUGACCUCCAGGUUGAACGCAAGUCUGAGAAACGCAGUGCUUAUGUUGAUUUGAGAGAUGAAGAAUCAGGUGGACUUCUGGACCAAGCUGCCUUGUUAGAAAUGGUAGAGAAGAAACAAGGUAAACUCAAGAAUAGGCCUACAUCUGAAAAGGUUUGCAAACACUUCUUAGAUGCAGUUGAAAACUCAAAAUAUGGCUGGUUUUGGGAAUGUCCCAAUGGUGACACGUGUGUGUUCCGUCAUGCUUUACCACCAGGCUUUAUCUUAAAGAAGGAUCGAAAGAGAAUGGAGAAGGAAAAGGAAGAAAUCAGUCUAGAAGAGCUGGUGGAUCGUGAACGGGCAGCCCUGGGUUCCGAUACCACCAAAGUUACCUUAGAGACAUUCUUGGCUUGGAAGAAGAGGAAGCUCAAAGAAAGAGAGGAUAAAGAAAAGAAAGAAGCUGACAAGAAGAAAAAAGAUUUCAAUGCUGGCAGAAACCUUGGGCUUUCUGGUCGAGAGAUGUUCACAUUCAACCCAAGCCUUCUGACUGGUGGAGAUGAGAUGGAGGAGGGUGACGAGUCUUUCGAUGUCCAUAAUCUGGGCAAAGAUCCGGAGAAUGAAGAGGAGGACCGCUUUGAGUUUAAGGAGAUUGACAUGAACUCCUUGAUGUCAGAAUACAAAGAGAUUGACACGACAGACACAGUGUCAGUUGCCAAACCAGACAGACUACAGCAGCUGCAGGAUGAAGUGGUUCUAGCUGAAAAAGCUAAAGCUGAAGCUGUUGCUGAAGAAGAUGCAGAGGGUGCCACAUCUGGUGCAGCGGCGGCAUCGGUCGACAUAGAUGAAGAACUCUUUGAUGGAGAUGAUGAGGAUUUAGAUGAUUUAGAAGAACAAUUGGAGGAAAUGACAGUUACCUAGGUUUAUAGUUUUAUGCAUGUUGAGUUCAGGGAGUAUGGGCCUUGUGUUAUUGGGUAUAGGAUCUUUCACAUUUGUUAAAGCAACCUUUGGUGUUUUUGGUAUAUCAUUUCCUGGCCUAAGAACUUUUUAGUGUUCUAUUACGAUUAUUCUGUGAAGGAUAUUUUUUCCUGUACUGCUAGUACUGUAUUUGAAAUUCAUUGGAAUAUUCUGAUGGAGUGAGGCUUUAUGUAUUCAAGACCCAGCAGCUUUUUUACUUGCUAGUAAAUCCACAGAAUACCCAUUGUUUGUUAAUAACAGUAUGUAAUUGCAGAAGAGAAAGUAACAUAUUUGAAUACUUUUUUUUUUUUAUCUUUAUCUUUAUCUUUAGACUACCUGCUUCAUUUGACCCCAGAAGGCAUUGGAUUUCCUAAUAUGUUUCUGCCAAGACUGUACAUUCAGAUAUUUUAGAAUUAUACAUUAUUCACCUAUGAUUAGGGCACACACUACUCCUAAACUUCCUAAAUUUUUUAUUAGGAAUAACAAGAAAGCUCAGAUAAAAGUAUUUCAAGUUCUGUGCAGCUAUCUAAAAUUGCACUUAUAAAUGCUUUAACAUUUGAUAUUGAAUUAAAGUCUUCCUGUAUUUGUUUCUCAUAACAUUUAUGGAAAGCUUUCAAGGUUUUAUUAUUAUUAUUCCACUAUUAAUUUACGAGCAUUUUCCUAUUUUACAGUUUGAGGAAAAAGCAAUGAUAACUCCCUGCUAAGAUUAGUCAAUAGAUUAAUUUGAUUGGGAAGUUUUAUAUAUAUAUAUAUAUAUAUAUAUAUAUAUAUAUAUAUAUAUAUAUAUAUAUAUAUAUAUAUAUAUAUAUAGGUUAUCAGUGUCAUAGAAAGCAAGUUGUGAUAUUGGACAGUUUAUUUUGUCUAUUAUUCUUUAACAUUCAGUUUAAUAAGUGUGUCAAAUAUAAUUCAACCUCCUUCAUAAGUUCUGCACUAAAAUAAGAAACUUCCAAAUUAUUAUUCCAACAUUAUCAUUAUAUUUUCCAUCAAUGGUAGGACAUUAAAAGAAAUGUAUUGUUAGAUAAUAAUUUCUCUCUAAGUACUUGCUUGUAUCAAGCUUUCUACCAUUCUAUACCUACAUACCUACUUAGCCAUUAUCUUUUGUGUGUGAUGUGGCCUUUUUAUUUUCAAAUCCUUAGAAUUUUUGACAGAUAUGUGAUAUUAACAUUAAUUAAUGUAAUCUUGACAUCAUUUAAAGAGGUUAUGAAAAGCAUUACAGUGAGAUGGUUAACAUAUUGUCUCAUCAAGUUGUUGUUGCUUCAUAUGCAGGUUAAUGUAAUAGUACCUUACCCUAAUGCAAGGUGUGGUGGUGUUGUGUAUCCAAUUUGGAAAAUAAAGGACUCACAAUUUACUGGA